AUGCCUUCCGACGCGGCGAAGAGGAGGAAGGAGGAGCGCGCGGCCAAACGCGCGGCGAAAGGGUUCACCGUGUCGAAGCCGAAGCCGGGAUGCGAGUGCUGCGACGACGUCGGCCACCCGGCGGAGGCGACGCCGUCCUCGGGUCCCGGCUCGGCGGACGCCGCAGUCGCGGCCGCCGCUGAGGAGGUCACCGUGCGCUUUCCCCCGUCUCUGACGAGCAGACAGCGCGCGGUGCUCCACGCGGUUGCCGAGCGGCACGGCGUCCCGCACUCCAGCUCAGGCGACGGCGAAGCCCGGCGGAUAACUCUCGGGCGAGGCGCCGAGGUCGUGGACGUCGACGCCGUCGGGACCGACGUCGCGACAGCGGACGAAGCAAUCUGCGAGCUGCUCGAGACGCACCUCGGGCUCUCCAGGGACGACGCCAGGCGCGCGUUCGACGCGCCGCCACCGACGACAAAGACCGCGCGAGGGACCGCCGAACCGAAGCGAGGCACCGCGCCCGCGGUCAAGGGCGCGGACGUCACCGUCGAGGCGUUCGUCAGUCGGACCCGCGCGCUGUUGGAACUCGAGCGAGCCGCCGAGGUUGAGCAGAGCGAAGCCGUGUUGAAGGGCAUGAGUGCGGAGACGGCGCAGCGCAGAGGUCGCGCCCUGUUGGGGUUACGGUGCGUGGAUCUGAGAGGCGGGUUGUUGGGCAAGACGGUGGUGACGCUCGAGCUGGCGAGCAGGAAGACGACACAAACGCCGCCGCUGCCGCCGCACAAGCUCUCGCCCCACGACGUCGUGUGCGUUCGCCCGGGGAAGGGCGAUACCUGCGGCGAACCCCUGUGUACGGGCGUGGUGUACAGGGUACGUGACACCGCCGUCGAGAUCGCGGUGGACGACCUACCGGAGCGAUCGUUGGAGGGGAACCUGAAGGUGGAGAGACUGGCCAACGAGACGUCGCACCGGCGACUGGUUCAGGCGCUGGACAGGGUCGGGCGAGCGCCGUGCUCGGCGGGGGAUCCGGGCGGGAACGUUGGGGUGGGCGCCGCACUCGUCGACGUCAUGUUCGGCAACAUCCCGCCGCGGUUUCACGCCGCGGCGGGGGCGUUACAUAAAACGGUCAAUCCCGGGCUGGAUGCUUCGCAAAUCGACGCGGUGGCUCACGCCCUCGGCGCCGCCGACGUCGCGUUGAUCCACGGUCCCCCGGGGACUGGUAAGACCACAGCUGUGGUGGAGUACGUGACCCAGGAGGUGGCGCGCGGGUCACGGGUGUUGUGCUGCGCCGCGUCGAACGUGGCGGUGGAUAACCUGGUGGAGCGGCUGAUGCGCUCGCGGGGCGACGCGUUGAGCAAACUGGGUUCCGGGGCGCAGGCGAAAAUCGUGAGAAUCGGGCACCCCGCGAGGCUUUUGGAGUCGGUGCUCGACGCCAGCCUCGAGGCUCAGGUGCUAAAAUCGGACAACUCCGCUUUGGCGAGGGACUGCGAGAAGGAGUGCAGGGAGCUCCGCCGUGUGCUGCUCAAACUCGACCCGAGGAAGGACCGAACAGCGAGAAACGACGCGAGGCGCGAGCUUCGAAGACUGGCAAAGGAGGAGAAGGCGCGCCAGCGAAAGGCUGUCGACGAGGUCAUCGGUGGAAGCAACGCGCUCUGUCGAACUCGCUGA